CGUCUACCAUUGGCCGGGUCUGCCAGCGCGCCCCUGAUUGGUGGCUGCGGGCCGGGGCUCCGCUACUUCUCAAAGUUGGCGGGAAAGCGGCGUCGCGGCGGAAUAGCGGCGGCUGCGGACUCCUUCUUGGGCGGUCCCAUGGCAGUGCGGCUGCCGAGGUCGCCGCCACUCAACGUGCUGGCAGAGCAGUUGCGGCACGACGCGGAGGGCAUCCUGGGAGCGUGGCGGCUCUUGCGGGCGGCGGUGGCGGGCCGCGAGCCGCUGGAGCUGGCGGCCGUGGGGAUGCAGGCCACGGUGGUGAUGGCGGACCGCGGCAAGGCGCUGCUGCGGGCCGAGGUGCCGCGCGGGCGGCCCUCUCUCGUCCCAGGAAAGUACGUGAUGGUGAUGGGAGUGGUGCAGCCCUGCAGCCCCCAGCCACGCCUGCAGGCUGUGAAGAUGACACACCUUUCUGAUAAUCCCAUCUGUGAAAGUAUGUGGGAACUGGAAGUGGAAGAUUUACACAGGUAUGUUCCUUAG